UUUUCACCUGGCAGUAAAGUACAAUCAGCAUCAGUUCAGUCAGUCCAUCCAGCAUCCAGUCUUUCUAAUUGUGACAAAGGCUCAAAUGAACGAAGCGUUAGCCAUGUUGAGGGUAAUGUGAGUCCGUCAUCUUCACCGGAGAUUCAUCCCCGGGGGAAGUUUAAGUCAUGGCUCUCUGCAAGAGCAUCCAACUCUGGCAGGGGUAAUAGCGAGAGAGGUGUUCUCCACAGCAAGACAAUUACUCAUCCAGAAGGAGGGGAGACAAAUCUGUUGAUGUUAGAUAGUGCCAGGAGUGUGGAGUGCGCAACCCCUGACCCCGAGUGGAGCAGAGACCAAGUGCUAGGGCCUGCAAGUACGAGCAGAUCAGACCAGACAAAAUGCUCUUUGACCAGUGGGCGAAAUGAAGUUGAGAAUAUACUGUUACCAGAUCAAUUUGAGACAUUAGCUGACAAAAUCAUAUCUAGAGUGAAGCAAGACCUGGAUUUGAACUCUAAACCCUGUAGACACUUUUAUGAAAACAAAGCAGCAAACAGGACAACUACUCAAGAGCAGAAUCCAGCCAACAACUCCUCUGGGAUGACCAGUCACAACUGCCCUUUAUGUCGGCAAGUCAUGCUGUCCCCAGACCAGAUACCCAUGUUGCUGAGCCCUUGUGGUCACAGCCUGUGUGGUCAGUGUGUGAAGGGGAGGGAACUCUGCCCAUGCUGUAACAACCCCAUCUCCUCCAUAAUGGCCAACAUAAUGUUACAGCAGAUCAUAGACAGCUUCUAUCAGGGGAAAGCAAAAGUGAAAGUGAAUGAACCAGAGCACACCAGGCAGUACCAGUCCAGUUUGUACACAGAGAACAACUGUAUACAUGCUGGCAUGAAGUACAGAGAGAAGUACAGCAAUCUGAGAACACGACACGAGGUGCUAAUGUCUGAGCGUUCAACCAUACACAAGGAUCUUAACGAAUUAUCCCAGGAGACAGAGAAGGAGAUGAAACAGUUACGGAACAUUGAAAAUGCAGAGGAUAAACUGACCAAUGAGAUCGCCAGGAUACAGACACAGCUGAAUGACCUUAGAGGUCACAAGGAAGAGUACAAGGUCAAAGUGACAGAGCUGGAGGCACGGAGUGAAGAGAGGAGGAAGAAACUGAGCUUGUUGGAGGAGAUUGUGCGUGGUGUACAGAUGGAGAUGGAGAAGGUAUUGCUGUUGGCAGAAGAAACGGGACAGUGA